GAAGUGUUGUAAGUCGGUGUGACGGGGACUUGACUCCCGUUUUCAGAGUAACGGUAGCUCGCCGGUGAUCCUGCAACUGUCCCGGUGUGUUGACGUUUGUUGCAGCGGUAGUUUAUAGCGGGGGCGGAGGGGACGGUUGUUUCGGGUGAGGCCAACCGACUCGCUAGCUUAAAUGGGUGCGCGAGUGAAAAGAUGAUCGCCUCACUCUCGAGAGGAAGUUUGCUGGACGAGGUUCUUCACGGGAGCUCCAACGAGCAGCAGCUGGCAGCGUAUAUUUCCUGGGUGAACUGUCAGCUGAAGAGGAAACCGGGCCUGAAGCCUAUCACUAACCUCAGGCACGACCUGCACGAUGGGGUGGUGCUCACACAACUCAUAGAGAUAGUUGCUGGAGAAGUGCUGGAGGGAGUAUUCGUGUCUCCUCAAAGCAAAGACGAAAGCAGGAAGAAUGUGGAGCAGGUCUUGCAGUUCAUUUCCUCCCGACACAUACGCAUGCCACACAUAUCCGCAAGAGACAUUGUUGAUGGUAACCUGAAAUCUGUAAUGAGGAUAAUUCUGGCGCUGGCUGCUCACUUCAAACCGUCAGCCAACCACAGGGCUGCUGCUGGAAGUGGACGGACCUUGACAAGAGGCCAUGCCAGCCACAACCCUCUCUCCCCUGUUGCAUUAGCACAAGGGGCCGCUGCUGCACUGGCGACCGCACAUUUUGAUGCCUCACAGCCUGCACGAGUCCUACGUAUCCACAGUGACUGGGGGUUGGACAAGGAAAAGAUUGUGUGUGUCCGUUCGCUGGUCCAGCAGUAUGAAAGAGAGCAGGACAAUCCUCAGCCCAGCAGUGUCUUGUUCUUCUCGAGCCUUAGCUCCGUCAGUCCAGUGUCGUGUCCAAAAGCUCCACCCAGCAGCCACCCAGACAGAUCGGAAGAUGACCACCAACAACAGCAGAGCAGCGCGGAGUCAUCUCAUGCUGUAGUGGAGACGGCGUGGGAAGAUUCUCUCAAUGAAACUUUGGAGAAUGACGUACAGGAGACAAGAAAAAUGGUGUCGGCCCUGCAGGCUCUACUGCUUCAUGGUUCUCUGUCUGAGGAUGAGAAGGACGUGUCUUUGACUUUGGACCAGUGCAACUCUGAACAGCAGCUGGUAGUCAUUCGAAGUCGCUUGGAUCAGAGUAUGGAGGAAGCACAGGAGUUAAAGAGGGAACUGCUGUACUGUAAGCAAGAGAUGAGAAACCUCCAGGGAGUCAAAGGCGCCCAGCAGCAGAGGCUGUGCACUCAGGAGGCGUCAAUCCUGCAGAUGAAGCAGGAGCUUCUGCGAGCCAGCAUGACAAAGGAUGAGCUCAACAACCAGAAUGCAGAGCUACAGUGGAAGAUGGAGGAAAAUAACAGACUGUGGGGCGAAUGCAAGAAAGAGAUUGGACAGAAGGACAGACUACUGCAGCAACUCAAACACAUGCUCGAAGAAAGCCAGAAACAACAGAAUGAGUUGCAAAGAGAGUUGGAGCAUAAAAACAACUUGCUGCAGGAGCUAAUGGGAAGAGAUCUGCAACAGAUUCCCUCCGGCACAGAGAACAAUGGAUGUUCUUACUCUGGAAAUCCAGCUCCCUCUGUGUCAGGUCAGGCAGAUGAGGUUCAGCUGCUCAGAGACUCACUCCGGAGUUUGAGGAACAACUUCAGGGACCACGACCCGCAGCACCAUACACUGGACACCCUGGAGCAGGGCAUAGUGUCACUCAUCGACAGACUGCAUGUGGUCCACACACACAGGGGAAGAGGGAAGUCUCCAAGGCGCAAAGGUCAACACACAGACUCUGACCCCUGGUCCGGCACAAAGGUUGGUCAGUCCCACAGUGGCUCCUCUUCCUCGACUAAAAUCCUUUAUUUCACUGGAAAAUCCCCAACGCCUUCCAUGAUCAAUAUUCAGAAAAGGUUGGGUGAAGUAACUCUGAAGGACGUUAAAGCAGCUGUGGAUCAAGAGGGAAACUACAGGUAUCACUUCAAGGCCCUGGACCCAGAGUUUGGCACAGUGAAGGAGGAGGUGUUCCUGGAUGCAGCAGUCGUUCCAGGUUGGGAAGGUAAAAUCGUGGCGUGGGUAGAAGAGGACCGUGGUGACGACAGGCCAUUGUAGGUUCGAGCUGAGGGGAAUUGACUCUGUCUUUGCACCUGGUUACUGUGAUCCCAGAGGCACAUCAGCAACACUUCAGAAAAGAGGCACAAGUGGACAAUGUUGUUUAUUUAGAUUUGACCUUUUAGCGAAAUACUGUAAGACUUGUCAGUAUGAGAUUUAGGUUAACCAUUCUGAGCCCGACCUGCUCUAGAGAAUGUGGGAGAUCUCUACAAUAUCGUAAAACUCAGUGCCUAACAAAGGAAAGCUAUUUCCAUCUUAUUGCCAGGCUGCAUCUGCAACAUCAAGACUGGACUCAAAGAAGAAACAUCAUGCAGAACAAACUUUCUAAAACCACAGUAGUGUUGUUGUUUCACCUUUCAAAGUGUUUCAGUGUUCAGUGUCACAUUUUGAUUCAUUGUGAAGCAAGGUUGUCGUUAAAGAAACAUCAGAUAUGUAUUAUUGAAUGUUCUUUAGCCCAGUUACACUUCAGUCUUCAUUGUGAAUGUGAAAUUAUUUAGCCUAGUAAGAAAUAGAGAAAUACUGAGUUAGAAAGAAAACAACUUACUAUUGUAACACAAAUGUGACAAGGAGAGAAAAAGGACAAACUGUGUGAACAAUUCAUUUUGUUCUUGUGCUCCACAAUGCUUCAAUAGAUACAACAGCUGAAAACACAUUGACCACAUACCAGCAGCUACAUUACUGAGUAUUACGUUUAUUAUUAAUUAAUUACACAAAGUGGUUAAAAAAUAGGAUGAUGGUCAUGUUAAAAAAAACUUGAAUAUAUUUCUGUGGGACAGCAGCAGACUUAUGAACAGAACAGGCUCCUACUGAACUGCUGUCAGUGAAUAGAAAUGAUGCUGGAAUGUUGACGUUUAUUGGAAAGGCAGAUGAACUGCACUGUUACUUGUUUUUUACUUGUUUUGUACAUUUGUGUAAAAAUUUUUUCACUGUUUCCUUAUAUAUUUUAAGAAUAUGAGAGAGAUUCUUGCGAUAUGAAUGCUCUUGUUACAAAGAUGCAGUGGAUGUUUGGUUUAAAGGGGACUUUGGUCCAGAAACAUGGACCUUCCAAGUAUUUAUGGUGUGUGUGGGAGUGUGUGUGUAGGUGUGUGUGGACUGUUUAACUCGCAUUUUCUUUCGAUCUGUCUCUUUCUUCCCGUUGGGGAGCAAUUUGUUUGCCUUCACUCACAAGCCAGCUGAAAUAUGCACCUGUCUUCUUUCAAACUUAACCCAUUCGAAUGCCAUAACUGCCUGUACUGUAAAAUGUACAAUUUGCUGAUGAGAUGGUUAUUUAGCAUUUGUUUGUUUACUUUACAGAAUAUGGAUUACUGUCUGUUUAAAAUACUUGUUUCAAUGUUAGAAAGACAUAUUUUGUAAUAAAACAUGAGUUUUUUUUAAA